GCAAUUCAAUUCUUUCUUUACCCUCUUGCUAGUUGGUUCUCUUCUCUCAGUUGCUCUUUGAAACUCGACGUUUUAAAAUAUGACGUUAAAAGAAAACGAUACUUUGCAGUCACCAUGGGACCGAAUAAAAGUCCACUUAAGUGUCAACCGAGCGCUCUUACCUCUGAAGGCCGUGAUGUUUCUGUUCUACGGAGCUUUUACCGCUGUGCUUCUGCCCUACAUAACUCUUCACAUGCUUCAAAUUGGAAUCACCAUCGAAGAAGUCGGAAUCAUUUAUGCAGUUCUUCCGUUUGCAUCUUGUCUCGGUCCACCGGUUGCAGGAAUGAUUGCUGAUAAAAUAGGCAACUAUAAAGCUGUUCUAAUGGGCAGUAUAAUCGCCACUGCCGUAUUUCACACACUGCUGUUGACAGUUGAUGCCCAUGGAGCAAAACCAGCAAAAUUGAUGGCCAAUAGCAGUGAACUGCCCGCUAACACGAUAGCCUAUCUCACAUGCGACCAUGCAAGAGAAAUCUUCCUGGAAGUGCCAAAAAACUGCGCAAAUGAUACAUGUCAAUUUGAAAACCUUCUGCUAACCGACCAGCCAAUGAUUCGAUUGAUCACUUCCGAAUGUACCAAAUCCUGCAACGGGCAAACAAAUAACACAAAUUCUUGCCUAAUGACGAGCGAUGCCAGCGAUUGUUACCGUAUUUCGGAUGAUGACGUCCUUUUACAACUCGAACUGCAAAACCAAAGCCUGACUAAAAUAAACCCAAAUUUCUGUCGGUUUCCGAUCAAUCAACUGCUAUUAUCGAACUCCACGCAUACCACUCUGGAUUGUGAUUGCCCCGUUCAGUGUCCGUUGCGAAUUAGUCAGACAUGGUCUUCCACAUGUUCCACGAACAACGAUACUUCAUCGUCCAAGGAGGACGAAUAUGACUAUGCGAAACACAGAAUUGGAUUUUGGCUGUAUCUCGUCGUACGUAUCCUGGCGACAGCAACGCUCGGCACCAGCUUCACGAUGCUCGAUGCCACAACAAUAUGUCUAAUCAAGAAAUUUAAAGGGCAAUUGGGUCGGCAAAGGCUCUUUGGAGUUUUAGGGUCUGCCACUUUUGCCAUGUUAACAGGAAUAUUACUGGACUGGGCCGCCAAACUAAAAAAUGGUUUUCGAGAUUAUGCCACAGUUUUCUACUUUACCGAUGCACUGCUUGUCGUUGUGCUCGUUUUGUUGCUUUUUGUCGAGGUGUCGGUUGAAAAAUCAGAAGGAAAUCUUUUGAGAAACACUUUCAAAUUGUUGCGAUUGAUACAUAUAGACAUAUUCAUGGUAAUGAUGCUUCUAUUAGGCAUCUUUUGGGGUUUCUUAGAAGCUUUUCUUUUUAUCUUCCUUAUUGAGCUGAAAGCAUCCAGUUAUUUACUAGGAUUCACAGUGACAUUGGGUGCUUUAGUGGGUGUACCCUUCCUCUACGUGUCGCAUAUUAUUGUGAAGAAAAUUGGAAAAUUGGUCGUUUUGAUCACCGCAUUUUUCAUCUACAGCGUUCGUUUUAUUGGAUAUUCCUUCAUUAGGGAUCCUUGGAUGAGUCUACCGUUUGAAGCCCUUGAAGCGGUUACCAUUCACUUGAUGGGUGUUUCUUGUUCUAUGUUCUGCGCUCAAUGCGCUCCUCCGGGCCUACUGGCUACCCUUCAAGGAUUGGCUGGUUCUUGCCACUAUUCAAUAGGAAGGGGUACGGGUAGCUUUAUUGGUGGUAUUCUUAUUGCUAUCCACGGCACUAGAAUCACUUUCCGCAUAUUUGGACUAGCAGCUGGAAUAUGCGGAGUUCUUUAUGCGAUCUUGUAUUGCACUUACAUGCGAAAGAACGAUAAAUUUCAAACCCGGAAGCCUCCAGUAACCGAGCGCGAAGAAAAAAAUCCGGAAGUAGUGUUUCACCCCUUGCAACAAAUAGACCAACAAGAUGAUGAAGAAACGAUCAAUAGGAUAUGUUAACGAUUCUCAUUUUACAGCUACGAUUUUAUUCCCAGUUUAUCACGAAAAAAGGUUUUGCGUACCUGGGUAUGGCCAACGGGGUAAUUAACUUGAAAAUAAAGUGUGUUAACGCAUACAGGCUGCGCUCACUACAUGUAGGCAGUUUAAACAAAGAUAGAAAAUGCAUAGGUUAAACUUAACACAAUCCUUCACAAAUUUUGAUCAAACGUUCAAGCUGAAGUUUCAACAGCAAAGGAUCUCCGUCAUUCUCUAUGUAGAGAUCCCAGUCCUGAAUGUGGUCUAGUCCAUUUUCAGAUUCACUAUCAUCUACAACAGCU